UAUAUUUUUAACGCGUUCUGAUUGGUGGUGGUUCUGCUACGACGUCAUCGUCAUCGUCAUCAUGGCCGCGUCCUCGUGCAAGUCUCACGCGUGAAGAGAAGCACAGACAGCAGCUCGUGAGGUUUACAUUUAAUCCCACACUCUUUGUUUUCAAGCAGACAGAGGUCUUGAUGAAGAUGAAGGUGAAGAAGAGGUGUGUCCCUUCUAAGAGAGGGAUCGUGGUGAAGGGUGAGUGGAAGGCGGUGAACGUGGAUCCCAGUCUGUUCUCUGAUCCGUGUUUGGACGGUCUGGUGUGUUUCGAAGAACUGACGGAUUAUGCUCUCGUGGAGCCUGAAAAGACCAUUCACGCGGACGAGUCUGUGAAGAAAACUAGAACAGACAGAAAGAGAAAACCCAGUGAAGAUGCUGAUGACACUGAAGCUGGAAGAAAGAAGAAGAAGAAGCUCAUCACAGAUGACGACGCGUCUGUAGAUGAUGAAGAGAUGUCACGGGACGAUCAGACUCCACAAACAACAUCCACACUGACAAAACAAGAGAAGAAGAAGAAGAAGCGUAAGAAGAAAAAGAAGAACGCGCGUUCAGAGGAGUGUGAAGUGAAGAGGUCGGACGCUGGUGAUGUAGGAACGGCUCCGUCUAAAAAGAAAAAACCCCAAAACAAAAACUGGAGUGAUGCAGCUCUCGCAGACGCAGGCAGUCCGAACGCAGACGUGUCUGCAUGGAAAGAUCUGUUUGUACCUGACGUUGUUUUAAAAGCUCUCAGUAAACUCGGCUUUUCUGCACCCACUCCCAUUCAAGCUCUGGCCAUCCCACCGGCCGUCAGAGAUCAUUUAGAUGUUCUGGGAGCUGCAGAGACGGGCAGCGGAAAGACUUUGUCUUUUGCCAUUCCCAUGAUCCACAUGAUUCUAGAAUGGAGGAAAGGCUCAAACCAGCAGCAGUCGGCUGAAUGCAGUGAAGGCGAGACGCGUGUGGAGAGCAUAAACCUGCCGUCGAUCAGCGUGCACACAGACUCUGGCAGCGGCGCUGAUGAUGAUGAUGAUGAUGAUGACGCUCCAGUGAAAGAUGAGGAUGAUGAUGGUGUGACGGCCGGCGUACCAGAAGCUCAUGAGCGACCGCUGCUCGGUCUGAUUCUCACUCCCACUAGAGAGCUGGCCGUUCAGGUGAAACAUCACAUCGAUGCUGUCGCUCAGUUCACAGGUAUAAAAACAGCGAUUGUUGUUGGUGGGAUGGCACCACAGAAACAGCACCGGAUGUUGAUGCGGAGACCAGAGAUCGUCAUAGCGACGCCGGGCCGUUUGUGGGAGAUGAUCAAAGAGAGACACCCUCACCUGCAGAAGCUCAGACAGCUGCGGUGUCUCGUCAUCGAUGAAGCCGAUCGUAUGGUGGAGAAAGGUCACUUCUCGGAGCUGGAGAGUCUGCUGGAGAUGCUCAACACCUCGCAGUUCAAUCCCAAGAGACAGACGUUCAUCUUCUCGGCCACGCUGACCAUGGUGCACGGUCUGCCACUGCGGCUGCAGCAGAAGAAGAAGAAGAAGACGGCGGCCGGGAGGAUGGAGCAGCGCAGCAAACUGCAGCUCCUCAUGGAGAAAGUGGGCAUGAAAGACAAACCCAAAAUCAUCGACCUGACACGCAAAGAAGCCACCGUGGAGACUCUGACGGAGACCAGGAUCAUCUGCAGCAAGGAGGAGAAGGACUUUUCUCUCUAUUAUUUCCUGCGGCGUUAUCCCGGACGCACCAUGGUGUUCGCCAACAGCAUCGACUGCAUCAAGAGACUGAACGCUCUGCUGCUGAUCCUGGACUGCUCGCCGCUCGCUCUGCACGCUAACAUGCACCAGAAACAGCGACUGAAGAAUCUGGAGAGGUUUGCAGAGCAGGACAGUUGUGUUCUGCUCACCACAGAUGUGGCUGCGCGAGGUCUCGAUGUUCCAAACGUUCAACAUGUGAUUCACUAUCAGGUUCCUCGCACGUCUGAGACUUACGUCCACCGCAGCGGCCGCACCGCUCGGGCCACCAAAGAGGGUCUCAGCUUGCUUCUGAUUGGCCCUGAUGAUUUGAUCAAUUAUAAGAAGAUCUGCAGAACUCUGGAGAAAGACGAAGACCUUCCUGUGUUCCCUAUUGAGGCCACGUGCAUGACGGCCAUUAAAGAGAGAGUGAAUUUGGCCCGAAAGAUCGAGAAGAUGGAAUAUUUCCACGGUCGAGAGAAGCAGCACAAUUCAUGGGUGAGGCAAGCAGCUGAAGCGCUGGACAUCGAUGUGGAGGAGGACCUGCUGUUGGGACAAGGUAAAGAUGAAGAGGAGGAGAGACAGCAGCAGAAGUUAGUGAAGGUGAUGAAGAAGCGGUUGAAACAGAUGAUCUCACAACCCGUCUUCAGAAACACCAUGAAGACAAAAUACCCCACACAGAUGGGUAAACUACAGCUGCCUCAAGCUCCCGUCACCACGGCGACUGCAGCGUUAACCAGCUUCGCUCAUCACAAACAGACCGCACGAGCGCAGCGCAAACACAAACACUGACGCUUUAAUAACCUUUGAAUAUCUCUGAAUAAAACAUGAAAUGAGACUUUUUGAUACCACAGCGUUCUGUUUUCUGGACUUUUUAAAGAGCAUGUUUCAAGGUUUUUGUAAGUGUCCUAAUGUUGUAUUAGAGUCCCCAACAACAUGUUCAAAUGCUUCAAAGGUAAAGAAAAAACGGUGCUAUUUUCAUAAAAUAAGCAUUUAGUAUCUAUCCAUUUCUUAAAGAUCCCUAAACGAUUCCUCCGAAGCUGUUCAAAUGUUCCGCUUCUUCUAAGCUCCUCCCUACCGUGAGUUCAGUGUGCUCCGAUUGGCCAACUGGCCCAAUCAGUUGUGAUUGGUCUUUCUUCAUACACUGCGUGUCAGAAACGAAACGCCCAUUACCACAGUUCUUAUCUCAGGAAGGUUUUGUAAACAAAGACGCUGUGUAUAAAAAUGGCAUCAGUAUUACCAUAUCACAAGUUUUUAUCUUCAUAAACUUAUCUUCAUACACCAUUCAGACUAUUG